CUUCUGUAUCGUCAUCAGCAAUUAGUACUUUUGGGAUCAUAAACUCUACUUUUCCUAACUUUUGGCGGUUUUAUUGAAAGUUAGAACUUUGAGGGCAGAUUACCAAUGGCAACUCGUGGGAUUCUCUUGGCUUCACUUGUUCUUUCUUGUCUGAUACAAGCAUGUUAUGGAGCUGUCCUCUUCUCUUCUCUGAAAAAGACUCUUCAGGUCACUACUUCAACUAAACAAGGAGUUCUGCAAAGUGGUGAAGACAAAAUCACAGUGACAUGGGGGCUGAACCAGAGCCUCCCAGCUGGGACUGACUCCGACUACAAGACCAUCGAGGUUACGUUAUGCUACGCCCCCAUCAGCCAGAAAGAUCGCGCGUGGAGGAAAACCGAAGACCAUCUAAACAAAGACAAGACUUGUCAGUUCAAGUUAGUUGAAAGACCAUACAACAAAUCACUCCAAACCUUGGACUGGAUCAUUGAGCGGGACGUGCCUACUGCCACGUACUUCGUACGCGCCUAUGCUUUCAAUGCUGACGGUCAUGAGGUGGCAUAUGGUCAGAGCACUAACGAUCAAAAGACGACCAACCUUUUUGAAGUCCAGGCAAUCUCAGGACGCCACGUGUCACUGGAUAUUGCGUCGGUUUGCUUCAGUGCUUUCUCGGUUGUGUCCUUAGCCUUUUUCUUUUUCAUCGAGAAGAGAAAGGGAAAGACGACCCAACAGAAGUGAAGAGAAUU